UGGGAGCUCAAGGCCCACCCUUAGGACAACUAGCUUGGGUAUGUCCCACGCUUUGGAUUCUCCUCCUGUACAUCCAGAAGAUGUGUUUUAGGAGAGGUCACCACAACUGUAAACCUACUGAAGCAAAAUAUGGAAUGGAUCUUGCUGGUGAUUGAAUUGAGCCAAACAAACAGUAUUAACAGUAGCUUGAAAAUCUCCAGUUAGCAGUUUCUUCACGCUCCAGUACCACACAGCACUUUCCAGAGAGAACUCAUUGUGUGCACAAAAUCAGCUUUAAAAUCUGCUCACUACUUUUCAGCUUUGUCUAAUUAAAAUAGUUUUAAACAGGAACCCUAACUACAAGAGCACUUGAAGAAAAAUGGCAUUGGAAGAAUAUUUGUGGAUGGUCAUUGUGGGUUUUAUCGUUGCUUUUAUCUUGGCAUUUUCAGUUGGAGCAAAUGAUGUUGCCAAUUCUUUUGGUACUGCUGUGGGUUCUGGUGUAGUUACUUUGCGCCAAGCCUGCAUCCUUGCUUCAAUUUUUGAAACUACUGGUUCAGUAUUGCUAGGAGCAAAAGUAGGUGAAACUAUUCGCAAAGGUAUAAUUGAAGUGAACUUGUAUGACAACUCAACAGGUCUACUUAUGGCUGGAGAAGUCAGUGCAAUGGUUGGAUCUGCUGUUUGGCAGCUGAUAGCAUCAUUUUUAAAGCUUCCAAUAUCUGGAACUCAUUGUAUAGUGGGUUCUACUAUUGGUUUCUCAUUAGUUGCAAUUGGCACACAAGGAGUCCAGUGGAUGGAACUUGUCAAGAUUGUUGCUUCCUGGUUUAUCUCCCCACUACUAUCUGGUAUGAUGUCUGGUGCGCUGUUUCUCUUGAUCAGAUUUUUCAUCUUAAAUAAGGAAGAUCCAGUACCAAAUGGUCUUCGUGCUCUUCCAGUAUUCUAUGCUGCUACAAUAACUAUUAAUGUGUUCUCCAUAAUGUAUACAGGUGCUCCGGUCCUAGGAAUUACACUUCCUAUAUGGGCAAUAGCACUGAUAUCAAUUGGUGUAUCAAUUGUAUUUGCUGCCUUAGUGUGGAUAUUUGUAUGUCCAUGGAUGAAAAGAAAAAUAGCAAGUCGUUUAAAGAAGGAAACUGCACUAUCAAAAAUAUCUGAUGAAAGCAUUGACAAAAUUCAAGAAGAGGAUAUGCCUGUCUUUAAAGAACUUCCUGGUGUAAAAGAAAGUGAUGAAAGUACUAUUCCCCUGACUAGCUGUGGAACAGAAGAUGCUGGUGUAUCAGAUAAUGUUGCAAAUGGUAGUCAUCCACGUGUACCUUAUGGAAGGGCAUUUUCAAUGACUCACAGUAUGGUGAAAUCACCUGUCUCCAAUGGUACAUUUAAUUUUGAUGGCCACAUGAAGAGUGACAUCCAUGUGUACCACACUGUGCACAAAGACUCGGGAUUGUAUAAAGACUUACUGCACAAAAUACAUCUAGAUAGAGGAAAUGAAGAUAGGCCUUCGCAAGAAAAUAACUACAAGUUACUGCGGCGCAACAAUAGCUACACUUGUUACACAGCUGCCAUAUGUGGGAUGCCUGUGCAUUCUUCCUUCAAGGCUGCUGACAUGUCAACCCCAGAAGACAGUGAAAAGCUAGUCACAGACACAGUAUCUUAUUCCAAAAAGAGGGUUCGCUAUGACAGCUACUCCAGCUAUUGCAAUGCUGUAGCUGAAGCAGAAAUUGAAGCAGAGGAAGGUGGUGUAGAGAUGAAAUUGGCAUCAGAGUUAGUAGAUCCUAAUAAUCCCAAUGAAGAUACUGCAGAAGAAGAGAGAGAUGAACGGGAUUCCUCAGAGAUCCAUCUGCUUUUUCACUUCCUCCAAAUCUUGACAGCUUGCUUUGGAUCUUUUGCUCAUGGAGGUAAUGAUGUCAGCAAUGCUAUAGGCCCUUUGGUUGCCCUCUGGCUUAUAUAUGAUCAGGGUGGUGUAAAGCAAGAUGCUCCUACUCCUGUUUGGCUCCUACUGUAUGGAGGCAUUGGCAUCUGUGUAGGCCUCUGGGUUUGGGGAAGAAGAGUGAUCCAAACAAUGGGAAAAGACCUCACACCUAUCACACCAUCAAGUGGUUUCACUAUUGAGUUGGCUUCGGCGUUCACAGUUGUGAUAGCUUCCAAUGUUGGACUUCCUGUCAGUACCACACACUGCAAGGUUGGUUCUGUGGUGGCUGUUGGUUGGAUACGAUCCAAGAAGGCUGUUGACUGGCACCUCUUCCGCAAUAUCUUUCUAGCUUGGUUUGUGACUGUUCCUGUAGCUGGCUUAUUCAGUGCUGGCAUUAUGGCAAUCUUAAUGUAUGGAAUAUUACCAUAUGUCUGAUACUUCACUGUUCUUUCCAGAAAAAAGGGAGUAUCUCUUUUAAGUAAAAGAAGUCUCACCCUCAAUACAGAACUCCCUGAUCAACCAUACACUAAGAGAUAGUCUGCAAGUCAUCUAACAUCUACUGUACAUACUAUGAGUAUCUUUGGUGCCAUUUCUUCUGUACAAUAUGUGUGUGUCUGUGUGUGUGUGUGUGUGUCUGUGUGUGUAUAUAGACACACACCCAUAUACAUACACGCUUGUAGUUGAUAAUACUACCUUAAGUUAUAAGUGAGAUGAAAAUAAUUGCCUAGAACUUUAUCUCUAGUAAGACUUGUAUAUAAUGCAUCAUUUAGUGGUGAUUUUUAAAACCCAUUAGGGAAGCUGGGACAUUUGUCAAUAUAAUAAUAUAUGAUAAAGCAAAAUAUAAACUGAGUCAGAUUCUUUUUUGAAAAAAAGUUUAAUGAUACUGAAACAAAAUAGUACGAAAGUACAUUGGUAAAAUGUGGUUCAUAUCAUAUUGUUGUGUAUAAUACUGUAUGCACAUUGAUUUUAUAAAUACUUUUAAAAUGUAGCUUUUUAAUGUUGCAUUUCCCUUAUAUAUUUUGGAUAAGGAAGUUUAGACAGUACCAAAGAAGGGGAAUAGCUUGACAGUAUUCUACUGUUUGUCAGUAUGUAUAUUUGUAUUGCUCUCCUUCCCUAAAUAUUUUAAUUAGCAUUCUUUUCUACUCAUCAAACACCAGCAAUGCCAAGAUAAUAUUAAUAUUUUCCUGUAAGUAGGAAAGCAUUAUAUUGUUGCAGUCUGUAUAUUAUCUAUUACCCACUGCAUUUAUUUUUUUAGAAAUCCAGUUCUCUGCUUUUGUAUGAGUUCAAAUUUCUUUUAAAAGAUGUUUGCCAUCACUUGUAUGUGAUUCUUAUUCUGGUUCAUUAAGAAUGAACAAGUUCAGGAAAAGAAAGAUGAAACUGAAGUUCUGCCUUGUUUCUAUGAUUACAUCCAGUAAAUCUCAUCUAUGCAGUGGAAUUGAGCAAUACUGGCAGUGUGCACAUUAGUUGUGACAUUUCA